AUGGCUCACUAAAAUAGAUUCAGAGAUCAGGAUGAAGAUGAUGAUGAUAAUUUUUUUGAUUUAGACGAUCAAUAGCCAACUAAAAUAAAUACAAAUUUUGGUCCAACCUCAGCUAAUUCAAAUGGCAAUAGCCUGAACUCAUCGGCAAUGCUUGAGGAUAGUAUAAUAUCAAGAACGAUAAAGGGACUUGCAGAUAAAGCAUACGAGUUAAGUUUGAAAUAUGAUCUGAAAGAUGAAGCAAAACUCAUUUAGCAAGAAGAAGUUAGAUUAGCGAAAAUUCUAAAUGAGGAAAUGGAAAAUAGAUCGCAAAUGACUAGUAAAUUCUAAGAUGAUAACAUGAACAUGAGAAAUGGUUCAUCAAAUCUCAAAAACUUUCAAUAGCAAAAGGAAUUGUAGAUGAGUUAAAGAAAUACCCCUAGCUAUGGAACAUAGAAAAACCCCUCUCAAUCAAAACUUCUUCAAUAGAAAAAUAAUAAGUUUAGAGCUAAUCAAGCUCAAUCAAAAGAAACACUGAGCAAUAUGCCAUAGAAUUCUAUCUUCACUACAACGUCGAACAAUCAAAAUACAAAUAUGAAUAUCUUUAAUGAGGAGACAUUAGAGAAUGAAGAUGAGGAUGACGAAAAUAAUCUAAACUAAUCUGAGGUAGUACUUAACACAGCUGUUCAAAGAUUAUUUGAUGAUGCUACUCGAAGAAAAGAACUUAAAGAGCGAAUUUAACUUCUGAGUGCCAAGAGAGAGCUGGAGGAAUUGAGAUAACAACCUGAAAUAUGCAAGAAAUCAAAUAAAUUGCUAACUAAAUCAAAGAAUCAAUAUGUGCCCAUCCACGAGAGAUAUGAUAAAGUACUUUAGUAAACUCAGCAGAAAAGGAGUUAAUUUGAGGCAGAGAUUUUUGAAGAGAGCAUCUAAAAAGAUCCUGAUGAAUUCUUCCCCAGUUUUAAGCCUAAAGUAAACAAGCAAAAGGGAAGAUAGCCAAGAGAAAUAAAGCAAAUAGUUGAAUAGAUUUAUAUCUGGUAGGCAGAAAAGUAGUAUAAUUAAAUAAAGAAUAAAAAUCAGCAGGAAAGAGAUAUUGAUAAGCAAUGCACUUUCAAACCUAAAAUCAAUUUAUCUUCUAGUGUUAUUCUUAGCUAGAACGAUAAGUUUCACAUUGAUGAUUUCUUAUCCAGAGUGGAGAAGUUUAUUGAUAUGAAAGAGCAAAAAAUAAAAAUAAUUGAUAAGCAUUUAAGAAGAGAUCAUACAUUUAAGCCUAAUACCUACUCAAAUAACACUUAGGCAGCAAAAUACUAUGAAAGAAAACUAAAGAAAUAAGAUGUGUCAAUAAGAUCAAAUCAGAGUAAAAAUCAUGAUCUAAAAAGUGUGUAGUAUUCAGAUCCUGCUUACUCUGGCACCUUGACUUCAAGAUAAUAAUCCCAAUCUAUAAAUUAAAGCAUAUAAAGUAACAGCUAAGUAAACAUUAAUAAAACCACAAGCUCAACUUUAAGCAGAGAGUCUAAUAAUAAUUCAGUUCACUCAAGCUAGAAAGGUAACUUAACAUCAAGAAAUUUAAAUCCCACUCAGAAUAUCUAGUUAAUAUAUCAAACGCAAUAACCAGUUAAUUCAAGUACUUAAAGAACAAGCAAUACAACUAAUACAGCGAACUUUAACUCACAAAAUAAUUAAAAUUAUGACAAGUCAAUGACUCCUACAUUCAAUAUGAGCGUAGUUGAGAGUUAGAGAUAUAGCAAAGAGUAUAAUCCAUAACCGAUAAACAUGAUGGAACAUUCAUUUGCAGGUGGCUAAUCAUUCGCUGUUGAGCUAAGUGAUUUCAUUACUGAGCAAGUUCAACAUGAUUAAGAUAGAGGAAGUGAUGAUUAAUUAGAUUAGGAUAGCUUUUACGAGAUAGUAAAGAGUAAAGAUACCAAGAGUGAUGACAGGCUUACUUAAUUAACUUACUCAAACGGUAGAAAUGGCCAUACUAAUGACUCUUUAACUAAUUUAGACAAUAAUCAGUAAUGGUUAUUCUCUUCAACUCAUAAUUAAUCUAACUAAUCGAAUGAAAGACUUUCAAAGGAUGUGGCACCAUUUAGCAUGAGAUCUAAUGAGAUGAAUUUGAGGAAAAAUGAUCUUCAACAGAACUUAAAGCAAGUUUUAUACAAUAACAUCACUACAGAAGCCUAAAGUCGCAAAAUAGACAUUCAGGAGUACCUGAGAAGCCUUGAAUAAAAGAUGAAGAUUGAUGAAGAAGAAUUAGACCAAAUAGCUAACUCAAUUAAAACCUCCUCUCAAAAUAGUAUAGUUACUGCAAGUUUGGUCGGAUCUAAUCUUAAGUUAUAUUGA